AUGCCAACAACAAUUUCCACUUCCACUUCCCAUUCCACCCCAUACUCGAACUCAUUCCAUUCUGAGGAUGAACGAACAUUCACACCACAAUUCUCACCAUCUGCCUUCUUUCCUGCCAUAGACAAGUUCUGCGCUGGGACGGAAGACACAAACCCAGACACCUGGCACAAUGACGAAGCACUGCUAUAUGGCGAAGCAGUCUCCAGCACCCAAAACAAUCAGAAAUGCAUCUUUCCUCCACAGACUCCUCUCCCAUCGUCUCCCUUGCCACAGUACAAUUGGCAGGGUGCAGCAGAGGUGGUAACGUGUAAUGCCUACCUUGCAGCUGAUGACACCCUCCACGCAUGA